AUGGCCUCUUCUGUUCUCCCCCGCAGAAAUGGCACAUCAGACAAAUCGAAAGCUAUAUCUGGGUCUUCAAGAGGCCACAGUGAUUGUGCCACUGGCUCAUACUUUGAGCACUCCACCGCCAAACGAAUCAAUACCGAUUCCGUCUUUACUGCUGCCCUGAAAAAGCAGUACCCUGGGCUUGAACUCAUUGUGGUCCCCGAUUACCAGUGUGAUCUGCUGGCUUAUGCUGGUGCCGGUCACGCCACGUUCAAUGUCAUCCAUGACAACGGCGACUUUCCUUCGUCCCUAGAAACGACCGUCUACCUGGCACCAGCUCGUCGAAUGGACGGUAACAAAGGACAGCUUGGCGCACAGGUCGUCUUUGGCAAGUUCCUCUAUCAAUGGGAAAGUCAGGAAUUCGUUGUCUACUUGGUCGACGGUCGUGAUGGCGCGGAAGCGUACCCGAAAGUGAAGAAUUUCUACAUCCUCACAGCAAACAUCCACAAAGCUGAACAGCUUGUCCUUGCCACCGGCUCUUGGGCAAGUGACCUCCAUGAUGAAGUAUGGGUGUUUGAUCAGGGCAACUUCGAAAAGGAUAGAGAGCUCUGGAAGAGUGCUCAAAAGUCGACCUGGGAUGCCGUCAUUCUAGAUCCAGAAAUGAAGGAGCAGCUCAUCAACGACCACAUCUCUUUCUUUGAGUCCAAGCAGACAUACAAGAAUCUCGGUGUGCCAUGGAAGCGAGGACUCAUCUAUCAUGGACCUCCUGGAAAUGGCAAGACCAUCAGUAUCAAAGCCACUAUGCAUAUGCUCGCAGACAGGACCCCGACAGUUCCCACCGUCUACGUACGCAGCUUGGAAUCGUACAUGGGGCCUCAGUACUCUCUCCAUGUCAUUUUUGAAAAGGCUAGGGAAUUUGCACCGUGCUACCUAGUCUUCGAAGAUAUUGAUUCCCUUGUCACUCCCAUAGUGAGGAGCUACUUCUUGAACGAGGUUGAUGGUCUCAAAGAGAACGAUGGCAUAUUCAUCAUUGCAAGCACCAACCACUUGGACCUUCUGGACCCCGGAAUUGCGAAACGUCCUUCUCGAUUCGACCGAAAGUAUUAUUUUCCUGACCCCAACCUGGAGCAGCGGGAAGCAUAUUGUCGCUUUUGGCAGAAGAAGCUCAAAUCCAACAAGGAAAUUGAGUUCCCAGAUGAACUAUGCAAGGCUAUUGCUGAGAUUACAGACAAGUUUAGCUUUGCAUACAUCCAGGAGGCGUUUGUGGCGGCUCUUCUGGCUAUCGCUGGGCGGUCCAAGGAAAAGCCAACAAAGCCCAGCUGCGAGGAGAACUGGGUCUUGGUGAGCGAUGAUAAAGUAUCUGGAGUGACACAAGAGCAAGGUGACCUGAGCAAACUGGAGCUUUGGGUGGAAAUUAAGAAGCAGGUCAAGAUUCUUCGUGAAGGUAUGGAGGACGAAGAUGACGCGUAG